UUCGUCCCUCUCACACGAGCUUCCAGCAAGCUUGUUCAACAACAUUCUUGUCCCCAUCACCACUGUCGACUUCGCUCGCUGCCAUUCACUCUCCACCACCAAUUUUCCCCUCUCAUCUCCCCUGCCAUCCAUCCAUACCGGCACUUCUCUGCGUGUCACUCGAGCUAUAAAGUGGCUCUCCACCGCCUUCUUCGUCUGCCAUCGCGCUUGCCCUGCUACCCCUCAUCCACGACAUCCAGACUCGCGCCCGCGAAUCCCUCCCUCACACGCACACGCCUUUCUCUCGAACCCGUUGCCCCUUCGUCCAGAACCAUGGCGACUCUAAACCCCCAGAAGAAACACAAGGUGACAAUCGUGGGCUCCGGUAAUUGGGGCACCACCAUGUCCAAACUGGUGGCUGAGAACGUCAGAGCUCACCCGCAGCUCUUCGAAGAAACGGUCAACAUGUGGGUGUACGAAGAGGACGUCACCAUCCCCAAAGACUCGCGUCACUACGACCCGUCUUCCGACUUGGCCUCCAAGCCCCAGAAGCUCUCUGAGCUGUUCAACAAGCUGCACGAAAACAUCAAAUACCUGCCCAACAUCACCGUUCCAUCCAACGUGGUGGCAAACCCCGAUGUUGUCGAUUCGUGCAAGAACUCGACCAUAUUGAUCUUCGUCCUUCCCCACCAGUUCAUCCCCAGGGUCUGUGAUCAGCUAGCGGGCAAGAUUGUUCCACAUGCGAGGGCUAUAUGCUGCACCAAGGGCAUAGAUGUCGGUGAGAAAGGCGUGAGGCUCAUGUCGGAAGCCAUUGGAAUGAGGCUCAACAUUUACUGCGGCGCGCUGUCUGGAGCCAACAUUGCUUCAGAAAUCGCCCAGGAGAAAUACUCGGAGACCACCGUGGCAUACGAUCCUCCUCCCAUGGACUCGCGCGCCCCCACUCCGUCAGGCUCCCCAACCUCUUCGCAAGUCGACCUCAUUUCCCCUAGCAAGCCCGUACCCAGUGCUCGCUCCGCGCAACUCAAGGCUCUCCCCAACGAGUACCCCCCCUUAUCUCAUGAGAAUGUCCGCAAGCUCUUCCACCGGCCAUACUUCCACGUACGCAUCGUCGACGACGUAGCUGGUGUCUCCCUCGGUGGUGCGCUCAAGAACAUCAUCGCGCUGGGUGCUGGGUUCGUAGACGGACUUGGCUGGGGCGACAACGCCAAAGCUGCGGUGAUGCGUGUCGGUAUCCUCGAGAUGGUCAAGUUUGGCAAAUACUUCUUCCCAGACAGCUCCAAAUCUACCACGUUCACCGAGGAGAGCUGCGGUGUCGCCGACGUUGUGACGAGCUGCAUGGGGGGCCGCAACUUCCGCUGCGCCAAAAUGGCCAUUGAGCAAGGCAAGACUGUGUUCGAGAUCGAACAAGAGGUGCUGAACGGGCAGAAGCUGCAGGGUACCAGCACCGCCUAUGAAGUCAACAGCUUCCUCACCCAGGAGGGCAAGGUGGAUGAGUUCCCCCUCUUCACGGCCGUGUACAACAUUCUGGAGAAGAAGGCCAAGCCAGAAGAUAUCCCUCAGUUGAUUGAGCCCAGGGACUAG